CGACGUUGUCGGCGGAGUGGGGAAUAUUCGCAAGCGAAUCAGCGUAUUCAGCGUUGCAUGAAAUCGCAGCUUACGCCGGUUGCGCGGGUUGCGCCGGUAUUUGGUAUUUUUGCUUUAACCUAAUUUCAAAAUCGCGAAAUAAAGUGUGAAUCAAAUUCUGCUCGUUAAAGAUUUAUAAGUUUUAUAAAAUGAUACGAUUUUACCGUUUAAGAAGAAGCUAAAACAUUUUACAAAAAUGGAUCGUACAAACGUAGGAAGUCCUUUGGGAAGGACGUUAGCCUCCCCCAGAAAGCGAAUGUCUAUAAUUCAAUCACUGAAGAAAAAUAGUUCUACAACAAGUGUAUCUGGGCGUACAAAUCAAUCUGUACAAGUGAUAUGUAGAACACAGAGUCAUAUGGUGGAAAGCUUUGGUUCUCCAUUGCCAGUCUUGGUCACUGAAGCAUUAACAUUUGUGGAUCGGAACAUAGCCGUUAGCGUUAAUGUGUCUGCAGAUGGCUGGGCCUGGCUCGUUCAUGGCCGCAAAUUACUUGUGUGGCAAUGUAAAACCAAUAUUUACGAUCCUAAACAGAGGAGAACCUUCAAGACUCAGUGUCGUGAAUUGUUGCUGCCUCAAAGCGAUCUAGCUCAUAAAGCGGACUGUAUAGCUGUCUGGGUUCCACCUGGUCAUCAGGUUCCUAGCUGCAUGGCAGUUUCGCCGGAGGGAGUGGUACGUUUUUGGGCGAGCGUAGCGCACGAAGGUUCUUCCGUGGAAACUAGUGCUGAGCUCGUAGGACAGGAAGUAGAUUGUCUUAUACAUGUGCCAGGCCACGGGUGUAUUCUAGCCACGACUACGUGUACAGUGGCGCUUUUACAGCCGCAGUUCAAUAACGGGAAGAACAAUAUUACGUGCCAGGUAUUGCGAACGAGUCAGGGAUGGCUCGGUGGUAUAGGCCGCAGAAUGACCUCUCUCAUUUUUGGCGCGAUACCACAGUCACCCAUCACGGAAACGAAGUUGGUGAAGGUCACAUGCACGCCAUUAGAUGAGAGAAGCUCGAGAGUUCUUAUUCUUGCCGGAUCCUCUUUGCAGUAUUGGUUCUUUUCUCGCAACGAGCAAGAAAAAAUGGAAUUUGACGAGGAUAUUACGCAUAUUGUUCAACAGGCAUUCCAGAGAAAAAUUUGGGAGUCGAGCCCUCAAAACAUGAACACAUGGUUUGUUGAUAUGCAAACAUGCGAGGAAGGGAUAGUCUUCUUAAUGGCGGCUCACUGUGCCGAUAUCUCCAUACAAAUUCACUUCGCACUUGGAUUAUUGCCCUUGGUUGGCACGACGCUGUCGAACUCGUUUAAAUGGUUCAUACCGGUGAAAGUCGAUCUGAUGUUCUAUCACAAUGAUAUAGAAUCGAGACUGGCUUCUUACCAUUUUAUAUUGUGUGGCUGGGAAGCAGUCAUAUAUAACAAUAUAUGGCACAACGUUUUUGUGGUUAAUACCGCGUCUGAGGUCGAGCAAGACAAGAUCGAACUAGUGAGAGGUGAUGAGGACGGUAUUCUCGGCGGCGCCAUAUGCUCGGCAACCCCAGUAUUGUUCACGAAAAGCAGCGGCCUUGUGUCCAUCACGCCGGUUGACUUCGCGGUACAGGAUUUCAACACUGGGUACGCUGAUAAUACCAUGAGCAUGGAUUACACCUACAAAGUUAAUCAAACGGCCCAGAACUUUUCUACUCUUAUAAGCAACGAUGAGUUGCAGGAUAUGUAUUGCAGCUCCGAUGCGACCACGCAAUUACGCGCUGCUUUUCUUCUGAGCCUGCGACAGAACAAGGUGCAGUGCGACGAGAUUCUUUCCCAGCUGUUCCCGUUGCAGGAAGACCCGGUGAUGGACAUUGACGCCACUCUCGAUACGCUUGUUCUGAGAGUUGCGAAGGACUUGAUUGACGAUUAUCCGGCGAACGAUCCGAGAUGGGCUCACCACAGAGAUUUGUCGAUGACGGUGAACGCAGUCACCUCCAUGCAGAUACCACACCAAUUGGAAGGCAAACAAAAGGCAUUGGAUCUCUUUAUAGUAUUUUUGAAAGAACACAAUCUGUGGGGCAGGUUCUGUGCGGUCACGUGCAGGGGAACUAUCAUGUCCACGUCUCACGUACUUGGCGAGUACGCAGAGAAAAUAGUCGCAGCGCUAACAUUGUACAGUCUGCAGAACAGAUAUGGAGAGAUCAUAGACGAGGUCAUAGAUCAGACGUUGAGCCAAAAGGAAGUGCAUGUGUCCGACGAGCUUACAGCGCGUGACGUAUUCUAUCGAGAAGUGAGCACGGUGCACCUGUUUCUGCCAAUUUUGGUGGAGAAGACGUGCGAGGUCACGCAAUCUGAGAGACCGUUGCAACAAGUCGGCCAGUACCUCGUGCAGGUCAACACCAUUUUACUGGCCGUAUUGUAUGAGGUAGUCAAAUACCGUCAGUACAAUGCUGAGCGCUUUGUCCCCGCCAAGUUUUCGAACGAAAUAACGGAAUAUCUUCCCUGGACGGCCAUGCCAGGCAAGCACGGCUUGCGGAACUGUCUUAAUACAAUGCAGAACAUCACCAUCAAACAUGGUGUGACUGGAACUGGCGACACCACUGUGAGAAACGAAUUAUACGAGCAAUUGGUCAGUCUGAUCGAUUUGAUAUUGGAUGGAAGAAAGUGUCACUUGGAAAGCAUUCGUGGCACAGAAAAAUUUGAGGUUCUUUUGAAACAAUAUGAGACGGAACGCGCUAAUCUGAUACAGCCGUUGAUAAAGGAAGAGCAAUAUGACAACGCCGCUAUGCUCGCCGAGAAAUAUUGCGACUUUCCUUCGCUUGUACAGAUCUGUGAGCUAACAGAUAAUAAAAAACGGCUGGACGGAUAUGUCGAGAAAUUUGCUGCGCAGGAUUUCGCCGGUUUUCUAUUUUCUUGGUACGUAAAGGACGGACGUCAAGGACAAUUGGUCGAGAGAUGUAGACGUGGCGGUACCGCGGAACUGACUGAGAAGUUGUCAGAGCAUCCCACCUUGUCCUGGGUACAGGCGGCACUGACCGACGAACUGCGAUUUGCUGCCAAUACGCUUCACACCCUGGCAGUUCAGGAGUCUGAGCUGGUCACUCGUAAGAAGUCAAUGCUUUCAUUGGCUAAGCUGGCUCUACUCGCGUCGGACGAGCCGGAGGACGAGGUGAUGGAUUGCGUCAAGACAAUCAACAAUGAAUUAACGCUUAUAGCUUAUCAGGAAGAUUUACCGGCUCAAGUUCUCACGACAUACGGUUAUGAUAUUAAGAAGUUGCGGGUGCUCACACCAAGAGAAUUAAUUAUGCUGUAUACUUCGAGCGAUAACGUCAUAGCUAAUGAGUACGAUUUCAAAAAAGCUCUUGAUCUGCUCGAUUACGUGGAACACGAGGAGGACAAGUCGUCUUUGAGAUUGCAGAUUUGGGCGCGCACGGCACGACGAAAUCAAUGGGAUAAUGUGGAGAAGAAUCCCGAGCAGCAAGUUCAGGAGACGUUGUUCUUCAAGCUGAUGGACCUUACAUAUUUUAUGGGUGGGAAAGUGGAUGAAUUUUUACCGCACAUCGACAUGCUUCUAAAAGAACCGGAGCUCGGAGAACUUGCCGCUUCCAGUAACUUCCAAUUUCUUAUAAAAUUAAUAUACGAAUAUGCUUAUCGAAGUUAUUGAUGUAUAAAAUAUUUGCAAGUAUAAUCUAUUUUAUUUUUGUACACAAUGAAGAAAAAAAGAUUGUUGUAGGAAUAAAUAUGAAUUUGCGAGAUAACGAUA